CAUAGCGGACUGUAACCUAUCAGAAGCUGCAUUAAGUGAGACCAAUGCAAACAUUCCAAAACAGGUUGAUGAAAUGAAGGAUCGUAUAAUCGAGAUAUUCGAUAAAGCAAAAUCAAGGAUGAUUGAAGAGGCAGAGAACUUCAAAGCUGAGGAGAUGAAGCGCUUAGGCGAAAUGCGUAAGGUUACUUCGAACGUGAAUGAAGAUAUCCAUGAACUGCUACCGGUUAGUUCGGCUCUUGUCAAACAUGGAACACCUCAACAAAAAUACAUCAUCUCACACAUUAUGAAAGAGAAAAUAAAAUAUAUAGAAACCCAUAUCACUGAGCAGCGAAACAAACAUAUUACUUCAACUAUUGCCUUGAACUUUUCAAAACCGCUAUCAUCAUUUCUGAAAGAGGAAGAUGGUAUUGUAAAACUGAAUACAGAGCGACAUCUUACGCAUAAAGAUGUUGUGCAAACAAGUCCGAAGAAAAUGCAAGAAUCUUCUGUAGUUAAAAAGGAAACAACCGUUUCAAAUAAAGAUGUUGUGAAAACAAGUCCGAUGCAAAUCCAAGAUUCAUCUGAAGUUAGAAAGGAAACAACCGUUUUAAAUACAGUAAAAGAUCGUGUAAGAUCGAUAUUGAUGCACAUUUUUUUAGAAAUAAUUAGUUAAGGGUUAAAAUUGUAGUAUGCAAACCUUGCAAAACAGGUUCAUGAAAUGGGGUAUCGUAUCAUUGAGAUAUUUGAUAAGGCAAACAAUGAUAAUUGAAGAGGCGGAUGAUUUAAGCGGAGAAGAUGACGCGUUAAGGCGAAAUAUAAAACUCUUCUUCGAAAGUGA